UCUCUCUCUCUCUCUCUCUCUCUCUCUCUCUCUCUCUCUCUCUCUCUCUCUCUCUCUCUCUCAUGACUUGAAGUCUAAGUAUGAGCCUCACCAGUCCCCUAUAAAUCAUCACAUGUUGAUCAAUAUUUUUUGGCACUCUCAAACACCGCAUGAAACCUACAUUACUACAUCUCACACCUCACUUUUCUGAAAUUUUCACGAGCUCUCACAAUAUAUCUUUCAUAUAUCAUCUUCUAGACUUCAAUAUUUUUCUAGUUGUUUUAGAAAACAUUUUUUUAUUGCAUUUUCUUCAGCCAAUGGGGCGCCAUACCGAAAAGAAAAGGCCAAAAUUAAGGAAAGGAUUGUGGUCACCAGAAGAGGAUGAAAAAUUGAACAAUUUCAUAUCUAGAUUCGGGGUCGGUUGCUGGAGCACAGUUCCUAAACUAGCCGGUUUGGAGAGGUGUGGAAAGAGCUGUAGACUGAGGUGGAUGAACUACUUGAGGCCUGAUCUUAAAAGAGGAAUGUUUUCACAACAAGAAGAGGAUCUAAUAAUUAGUCUACAUGAAGCUCUGGGCAACAGGUGGGCUCAAAUUUCAGCGCAAUUGCCGGGAAGAACGGAUAAUGAGAUAAAGAAUUUUUGGAACUCUUGUUUGAAGAAGAAACUAAUGAAGCAAGGAAUUGAUCCCAACACCCACAAGCCUAUAAGAGAAAAAGAGGAGAUAGAAGGGAAGAAUUCCGCAGAAAAACCACCAUUGGCUUGUCAGCAGAUCAAAGCAGACCGUUCCGAGGUGGGUCCAAUUUGGCCCUGCCCGGAGCAGGUUUCCGAGUUACGAAAAAACGAAAUUGUUCCGACUAUAUCAUCCUCAGUUGAUAUGGAACAAGAAGUUCACAUUACCAACACAAAUUACUUUGAAGGUAGAGGGAGAGAAGCCUCAUUUGAGAAAUUUGGAAGCAAACCAAACUUUGAUCCCCCAAUCCUAUAUGAAAUCCAAGGGAGUUAUGAUCCAUUUGGGUACAACUCAAAUUUCUCAACAAAUUAUCAUCAAAACCAUUUGGAGGGUAAUCACAAUUUUGGAUUCACUUCAGUUCCCGAUUUAACUGAUUUUUCAGAUAAUUCGGGUUCGAUAAUGAGUUCAUUCUCAUUCAAUGAGGUGAAACAAAGUUCAAGCAAUAGUUCCGAUGCCAGCGUCGUGGAAAAUAAUGCAACAGUUUCAUGGGUGCAGGAAAAAUUAGAACCUGAGUUUGGGUUUCAGUUCAGUGGGAUCAAAUAUGAAGAAAUUAAGCCAAGUCUAUGGCCAGGAGGGCAAAUCGGGCACAAUUCAGAAGCUUUCAGUAGCUAUCCAUUGAUUACAGUAUCAGAAAACUUGGAUUUUUCCAGCAAAUAUUGAUUUUAAAUCCCCUUCCCUUUUUUUUUUCCCCCCUCCACAACAAAAAAAAAAACAUACUGAUAUUGAGAGUACAGGUAAGUCCUACGUAAAGGUCUGAGGUGAGACUGUUUUUCUCUUUCGUGUUUUUGUUUCCCUUCUGGUAAUAAGAUGAAGUUUUGAUCU